AUGGAUCCACAACAAUUUGUCCAAGAUUUAAAUACAUCAGCUGCUCUUUUUGUUGCCAAGUUAUAUGAUUUUUCUGAUCUACCCCGUAAUCGUGUAAAUGAGAUAACAAAUGGUGUAACCGAAAUAUUACAGUGCCAGUCAAUAAAAAAUUUGUUGAAUCAAUUAUUGGAUCGAUUAAAACAUUUAGGAGAAUCAUCUGAUAAUAUAUCUGUAUAUACUAUGAUGCUUGAUGCAUUAUUAAAUCCAUUUAACUUGUUCAGUACUGAAACAUUAUACAAAGCCGAAGAUUUAAAGCACGUAUCUUUAGAGAUAAUGUUAUCUCAUGCUGUUGAAGAAUUGAAAUUUCUCGAGUCAGACGGUAUAACUAUCACAACUUCAUCAGGUCAAACUCAAAUUUAUUUUUCGUUAGUGGGAGUUAUCGGAGAUAAUCUCGCAAUUCAUUCAAUGUUAGGAUUCAUCAGUUGUUUUUCGUCACAUCAUCCAUGCAGAUUCUGCUCUAUUAACCGUCAAGAAAUAAAUACCAUAUUCACUGAAUCACUAUGUGACUUACGUACAUCAGAAACUUAUCAUCAAGACUUAAUGAAAAAUAAGCCAUCUGAAACUGGUAUCGCAAGACAGUCCGUGCUAAGUAAAAUCGAAUCUUCAACAGCUAUUGACCUUUUAACAGUUGAUGUGAUGCACGAUAUUUUAGAGGGUACCGCUGAAUACGACUUGGGUUUGAUUCUGAAUUAUUUCAUUACUACGGCAAAAUUUUUCACUCUGGAUGAACUUAAUAAUAGAAUCGAAAGUUUAUAUUACGGUGACGAAGCUAGAAAUAAACCACGAACUCUUAAAAAAGCUCAGAUUAAUGAAAAGUAUGUAAAAAUGUCAGCCGCUGAAGCACUUUGUCUCAUUAAAAAUAUUGGGGUACUUAUUGGACAUUUUAUUCCACGAAAUGAUCCUUAUUGGAAAUUAUGCAUACUAUUAAAAGAAAUAAUAGAUAUAGUAACAUCUACAGUUAUUCAUUUUGACCUAUGUGACUAUUUAGAGAACUUGAUCAGUGAAUAUUUAAGAUCUUUGACUCUCUUAUUCCCUGGAUGUUUAAAACCUAAGCACCAUUUCCUUCUUCAUUAUGCUCGAAUAAUGAGACUCAUGGGUCCAGCUUGGAAUUUGAAUACCAUGAGAGGUGAAAGUAAAAAUAAAGAGUCAAAAAUAACCGCACGGGCAUCAGUAAGCCGAAAAAAUAUUUGUAAAACAUUGGCGGUAAAACAUCAGCUUCAUUUAAGUUAUCGAUUCUUACUUAAUUCUUCUCCAAUGGACUUGGCCAUGCAUAUAUUGUAA